AUGAUACGAACAAAAAUAAAGACUGUCAGUCUCCGAUCUUUUUACGGCAUUGACAACCUUACGAUUGAUAUGUAAGUAUGGUCUAUAGUGCUUAUAAUGUAGUUGCAUAUUAGAAUAUAUAAUGUCUUUGACUGAAACUGAAAAAAAAGACGGCUGUUUUAUGGGCGUCUGAUCUAUUGCGGCCGGGCUCUUUGUCAUGCGAGUUUGAGUGCAAAGGUAUUCUUGAAACAAGGAUCUGGCUCUUUUAUUUGUUAUUUGAUUAUGACUCCUAUCAUCUUUCUAUCGCUUUUUUCAAUAGAAGUUUUAAUGAAGGAAAAAUUUGGACUAUGAAAUUCAGGGAUGAUGAACGUAACUGCUCAAUUUAUCUGUGAGUGAAUUCAUCAUUACAACAACAAAGAUAUCAGAAAUCUGAAUAUGUGCAGUUAUUUUUUCUCUAUCAUUAGCUCUUAGUUGUUGAUUGAUUUUUCUUUUCAUAAUUUUUGUUUUUACAUUAGGGGAUUAGGACAGAAUGAUUCUGAAUGUAGCGUCAUUUCUGAUAUCGCCACUUCUGAAAAAGUUGAUUGGGUUAGAGAUCAAAUACUAGCGGUUUUUAAACAAUCUGGAUUUGCCAAGGAAAGUGUUGGACGUUGUGAAUUACUCCCAUGUGAAUUGGGGACGUACGUUAAUGCUUAUGCUGAAACCAUCAAAUGCAUAGAGUGCCCAGCAGGUAAAUUUAUUCGCAGUUUAUGAAAGCUGCACAAUUAUAUCGUCGGGAUAUGUUUACAUUGUUAGUCAGCCCUAUGCUCAUUAUGGUUUAAAGGUACUUACAUGUAGUAUUAGAUGGCGUGUGCUUAUUCCUGGAAUACGAAAGUAUCUAUCUAAAGACAACGAUAAGACUCUGGUUGAUACUCUUUUCCAUGUAGAAUAUAAUACUGUAAAGAGAAAGGAACCAAUAAGCUACACUGUUGUUCGAGGUCACUGGUAGCAUAUCUUCAUUGAGUCGAGACCUAUAUUUGUUUGAUUUUGGAGUAAAACGGUGUCACUUCAGGCUGGAAAUUUCAGAUACAGUGUAAGUUCUGGCAACGAGGAAACGUACACAAGUCAACCAAAUAACUGACAGCAAUCCUAUGAUUAUUGAGUGGACAGUGAUGAGGAAAAAUCGCUUUACCUGCAACAUUUAGAAAGUCAUGUUCGCCUUUUGUACUAGAAGUACGUAUAGCUGUUUUUCACUGUCACGCCAUCGAAAAUAAAAACCAAAACCGUUCAAUAGAUUAAGUCCAGAAUCUGGGAAAUGAAAGACGUUUGAUAUACAAAGGAUCUCGAUGUGCUUCAAGUCGGUGCAAUUUUUCACAUGCGAGAUAUGCGGAGAUAUAUUUAAUCUAAUUUCAUAAAGCUUUUGUAUGGUGACGCCAAGUUGUCACUCCUCUGAGAGGCACCAACAUGGCGGCCGAAAAUUAAUAGCAGCGUAUGUUACCGAGAAAACUAGUCGAUCACUGCCUGAAACAAUGCGAAACAGGGCGAUGACAAGCAGCGAACCUUGAAACACAGAAACAAACAAAGUAGAUGGCAAUGCAUCAAUCACAAUUAAACAUUUGUUUCCUAAGAGGUCUGCUAAGAUGAUUGACGGAACAGAAAGACCCAAAAUUCCUUCGAAGUUUGUAAAACGCGCAGCGCGAUACAACGAAUUUGGCUAUAAUUGACUACAAAUGUAAUUAAGCCCUCAAAUGUAAUAAGAAUUGAUAACUUAUGUAAUUAAACGACCUUAAUGCUAUGAAAACCAUAAACACCGCGGCGCUCUUUCGAAAAAUACACUAUAAGCGCCGCCCUCAAACAACCUUAGCAAUACGCGCCACGGCAGCCUUUCUAAUUAACAGAGUUAAUUGGAUUAAAUGGGUUGAAUGCAGUAGAAAAUAAAGUUUUUACGAAAUAGCGCUGCGAACCUUAUUUGUUUUCCUUCUUUUAUGUGCGACUGUUACGAACUGGGCGGUUCCAUUUCGAAAAAAAUAUGAAAUCUUUUAUUUUUUUCCAAAGAGCACGGUGGCGCUCUUUUGUGUCCGACUUUUACUGAGGGUGGCGCUCAUCCGAGAAACACGGUUUUGAUAGCAUUUAAAGGUUUUAAUUUAAUCAGUAUAUUUUUUUACCAAUUUGUAUUACAUUUAAGGGCUUCAUUACAUUUAAUUUGUGGUCAAUUAUUACAUUUGUGGCUUCAACACACAUAUAUUAUACUUUAUUAUGAUAUUACCUUUUAGGCGAUCAGAAUAAAUAUCACGUGACAAUGACGACACGUUAGUUUUAGCUCCAAAUCGAAUUUCAGCCCUUGCAUCGGUAUUUUCCUUGAAAAUGCUUUACGCUACUACCUAUGUAUAAAUUAGAUAAACAGCAAUUAAACCACAACUCGUUAAUAUAUUUUCUCUAAAUUAUUUUUUUUCAGUGCACGUGAUGCAAUUGAUCGGCGCACUAUGAAAUCCGCGAAUUUCAUGUCCAUUGAAAACAAAACUUUUAAAGUUGUUUAACGCAAACGCAUGCCCAAAAUUAAAACCAUGUCAUAGAUUUGGAUAAUUUCUUACUCUGGGAUUUGCUAUUUGUAGUGUUGUGUCAGUUUAGGUCUUUAGUAUGCGUUUUGUGAACUAAUUUUAAGUGUUAUGAGUAUUUAUGCAGCUGAUGGUAUUUAAAGAGUGGAAAUUAUUUAUUAAGGGUCGUCGUUAGUUGUUUGCUUAUAGCCGGCGUACUUAGGUACUUACUUAACACUUUAGGCUCGAGUUCACAACAACAACAACAAGUACUUCCCAUGCAGCACAAGAUAAUUUUCCGUGCGUGGCUGCCCAUGCCACCGAAAUCUUUCCCGAACAUGGUAAUGUUGUAGAAAGGGAUAAAAUUGAGGAAAGGGAAAACAAUUAGAGAACAUACGUUUUAUACGCGAGUUCAUCAGACGUCCGCUAUUUAAAUCUAUUUAGCAAUUGAUAACAUUGCCAAUUUCAUUUAAUUUGAGAUAGCGUGACACCGUCACUACCUCUUUUCACCAGUUUUCUCCCUUUCACAACGUUACCAUAUUUCAGAAAGAUUUUGGAGAGCAACCAAGGGCGGUAAAUUCAAGCCAAUUUUCAGGUAUAAUUACUAGUGUUUUAUAAAACUGGUCCAGAUUCAUCCACCUCAUUCCGGCAUUGGUUUAUUUCUCACAUUUCAAGAGAUAAUAAGCUAAGAGAGCGAAUCCCCCAUACAUGGCCCUGUUCCUAUGAAAUGUAUUUGAAAUCUAUUUUUGGUUCUGGAACUGCGUGGCUGUUUUAAUGACGCCACCUUAUUGGUCGGUUAGAACUGCGUCGCGUAAUUCUAUGCUUGACGGUUAAUUCAUUUCACUAACCAUCACGUAGUAAGUAACGUAACGAGCGAACUUUUUGAUAAAACUUAAAUUGUCUAUCGUCAAUUCAAUAUAUUUUUAGAGUUGAGGCAUUUAAUCCCAGUAAGUUUUCUGAUGUAUCACAUCUACCUAUUAUUUUCCCUUGCUAGUGAUCUUUUUUGAUCCUUUAUUCUUUCAGGAGGCUUCUAUUCGGACACGAAGGCUUUUGUAAAUGACGGCUGCCGAAAAUGCACCAGUGGAACUUUUGUACAUUACAAUAAAGCACCCGGGAAAAGACCGUUUGACUGCGAGCCAUGUCCAGAAGGUAAUUCUCUUAAACUCCCACUCUUACCGCACUAUGGAGCAUAAUAUUAGUUAUCAUUUGAUCCAAAUUCAGCUUCCUUCUCAUUGGCCGAGACCCUAUCACGUGACCUGCAAUUAACUGCCUACAAAUAAUUGUCUGCUCAUGCGCAACGUCGUCCAACUUUCUCUGCCUGCCAAUAAUAUUCUCCUUCUGGAUCGCUCUUGCGAGAGUUAUAGUUAUAUGUAUGUCCAUAUUGUAUUUAGCUGUAAUUAAAACUAGAGGUUACAAAUAUGUGUGUAAUGCUGCACGCAGAUACUGGGUGUCUGAGAAACGGUGAACUGAUAUACGCAUGCAAUUAACAUAUGUGGAAUAAAGGAUGAUUUUAAGUGUUUACGCGCGCCACAAUGAGUAAAAGGUAGCGCAAAUUGGAAUAACACAAAAUAAAUAAAUGAAUAAAUAAUGCGAAGAUUUGAUUUCUAUAGUCUCUACAAAUUAGCAUAAUAACAAAAGAUCACAAGUUCUUCAAGUGAAUACCUUUGCGCGAAUCGAGCUUAAAAAUCAAGACCACUUUUCAGCCCGUGUUCAUCAGCAGAAAACUCAACGAAGACCUUAAAUUUCGAGAAGUCAAGCCAGCCAUUGUUAACCAACAAUGUGCGAUGCAGGAUCUGUUGGUUAUACUAGCGGCCACCUCAACGAACGCAUUGAUGGACACAAACAGAAAUCGUCUUCAAUAUUAUCUUAGCGAACAUAACUCGGACGUACCACCUUUUCUUUCAGAACAAUUUCACGUGCUCACUAAAGGUUCUAACAAAUUUGAUUGCCUAAUUAAGGAGAUGCUCUUUAUAAGAAAACUCAAACCAUCCCUAAACGUGCAGGCGGACUCGAUUCGCCCAAAGGUAUUCAAUUGAAGAACUUGUGAUCCUUUGUUAUUAUGCUAAUUUGUAGAGACUAUAGAAAUCAAAUCUUCGCAUUAUUUAUUCAUUUUGCCUUGAGAAUGGUGUCAUGAUGAUACCGAAGCGUCGGCUUUUAACGUUAAUAUUCGCUUGCAGAUGUAUUUACAGUUAAAAUAAAAUAGCGUUUUUAAGGCUAUUUUUGGAAAACUAAGUUUGAGAUAUUUGACAUUGUAAAUUUAGCUGAAAAGCCUUUUUGAGGAGAUUAAUAAAGUUAUUAUUAUUGCCCCCGCAGGGAUUUCGCCCAGAAGGCGAAAUCCCGAGGGGGCACUCUAGUAACUCGCGCGUAUAUUAAGGAAAGUACUUACAGUUGAAAUAUACAGUCAUAAAGUCAACAUAGAAAAAAUCUCGAUUUGCUUGACCAGGGGCCGCGAGGAAUCGGUAGGUAAUGAUGACGUUUCUAUUGUUUGCGCCCGCAAGUACGAAAUGGUUAGGAUGAAGUAGAGAAAGAACAUCCCCAAGGGACCGCUUAGGUAGAUUUUGUGACAUUUAUUGUGCAGUCAUACUUCGACACUCUUUUGCUUUACGCGGUUAUCAGUGACAUUCUGUGGAGCAGUUGUUUCAGUGAAAGUUAUUAUGGACCAAAAUUUUAACGACACUCGUUAAGCGCAGAAGAAGUUGUAAAGUGCGUAUAAAUGUGUAUAUAUAAACACUUGGAGAGUUUGUUAGACACGAGUUCACAAAUCUUUCAUUGGAAACCUUGCCAGACACUCUUUCUCUCUCUUUUACCGGAAUAAGACUCAGCUCCAAACAAGCAAGACGAGUGAGCAACAGCUAGCUUCUCACUAGCAGAACGAUGUACGAUUACAGAAAUUCGCCAACAAUCAAAUUCUGUGCUGACUUAUUCCCUGCUCACAGAUGUCCUUCCGCUAUAAAGUUUAAAAUAAGACUAGAAUGCGCGAGUGUGAAUUAAUCAAACGUCCUUUUAUUAAAUUUCUAAGGCUUCCUUUCCGGCAAAUAAAAUGAACUGAAUGUAAAAAGUGAAAGAAAAAUAGCGAAAAAUUCAGCUUCUUAUUAAAUCUUUUCGUAUGGUUUAGAAUAAACUAUUCUCGAAACUUCCAGUCCAGUCCAGUCACUGGCAAUAUUUUCAGGUCAGGUGCAUGUUCUUUGCAUAAGGAACUUUGUCACUUGGGCCUGAUUAAUACAAACGGGUAAGUGACAUUUACUGAAAAUUCGAUGACUUCGAGAAGUGAGAUUCUCUGAUAUAUCAGGUCACCGGAGUAUUCGGAUCUGUAUCGUACGCCAGUGUUUGUUUACAAUUGGUGAUAACAGAGAUUACGAGUAAAUGAACUUUCCAAAGUUUGGCUCAGAAAGUUUAGUCAAACUUAUUUUCUUGUUAAGGGCUGCUGCAGUCUGAAUUCGAAUAAUAUGUCGCAAUAGAAACCAAACACUGAGUUUUCCUGGUUGAAAAAGUGUCAAUCAACCAAGUAAGACAACAGCGAGCAAAAGGAGGUAAAAUGGAGAAACCCCUCAAAUCACACGUAUACGUUUUCGUCUAGCGCGCUCGCUUUUGGUGGGCCAAAAAGGCUUUUAGUAUGACAUACAGGAAGAAUGGUUUCUUCAAAAGGACCCUUUCACAUCGGCUAAAUAUAUAUACCCUUGAUGCUAUAACAUUCGGAAAUAUGGUAAAAUUCACUGUAUCAACAAAGCACGAAACAUUACUUUCUUUGCGCGGGUGUUAAAAAUAGAAAGAAAGCUUAGAUCAAGAUAAAGUAUAGCUUGAAAGUAACUUUAAGAAAUUUUCAACAAACUUUGUAAAGAUGAACUAUAGCUUAGCUUUCGUUUUCUCCUACGAGCGUUUUGAAAAUGCCGUAAUUUGCAUAAUUUGCUUCGGGCCUUCGACCAGGUUUAGGCCGAUUUUAAACAUUCCUGUUUUUCGCAAAAACGGAGCUUCGCUGGAUCUUUUGAAUAUUGUUUUUGAAAAUAGUUUACCAAAAGGGUUUUUUUUGGUGAAAUUAAAAAAAUUCGAAUUUUUUGAUCUGAGAUUCUCGAUAUUUACUGAGAGCGGUUCUUAAAUUUCUGCGUUCGCGUGUUAUUGAAAAGUGCUAACUGUUUCCGAGAAACUUAACCUUAUUAAUUUGUGCAAGUAUAUCUCACAGAUUACGACAAUUCUUUUGAACAAUUUUGUUUCAUUUCUUUUGUUUGACAGGAACUGACACAACUGCAUUUGCAGGAUUUCGCGCCUGCAAAUGUUUGAAAGAUCAUUACCGUACGAAUUUGUUUGGGGCUUGUAAGCCAUGCGAGCUAGGAAUAGAAUGUCAAGAUGAUUGCGCAAAUCUUAAAGAUGGCUUUUGGUGGAAAUGGAAGAGUAAGACACACCGUGAGCUGUACAGAAACUUCACCAAAACGGCAAAGGACUUCUCAUUUACUCCUGAAUUACACAACGCGAAUGAUUCCCGUAUCGUAUACCCGUACACCAUUCCUCAUCAGUACAGAUGCCCCAUGACAGAAGCUUGUAAGGGAGGUUUGAAUUCUUCAUGUAAUUCUGGUUAUGAAGGACCAUUAUGUGCAGUUUGCAGUGAUGGAUAUUAUAAACAACUGAAGAAAUGCAAACUGUGCCCAACUAAAGGAGGGAUGAUCAGACAGCUUGCAAUUAUGGGGGCAAUAGUUAUGUUACUGGUUAUUAUCGUGGUGUGGAGAAGCAAGAAAAAGAGCGAGAAGGAUGCUGGACGAUCUUUCCUUGACAAGGCCCUUGGAAGUAUUAAAGUUACAAUUGGCUUUUAUCAAGUGACUUUUGGUAUCAUGGAAGCGUUUUCAUACAUUAAGUGGCCUGAAAGUCUCUCAGUUAUUGGAGGAUAUUCCGAGAUUGUUCAGGUUAACAUUGUUCAGAUAGCCCCCCUCCACUGCAUCAUUCCCAGUUUGAAAUUUGACGCAUUCGCAAGUCUUUUUGCAGUUAUGGGAUUGAAUUUUGUAGCGGUGAUUGUGGCCCUUGCAAGCUACGCCCUUGCCACUUGGAAAUCAACACGACAUAUUUUGAAUGAAGAAAGGAAAAUAAGGAAACAGGAACAAAUUAAAAUGGUCGUAAAGAGAAAUCUCUUUUUCUUUCUUUACGUGACCUACCUGAACACUUGCCUAAAAACAGCCCAAGUUUUGCCCCUUACCUGCCACAGGAUCUGCGUUGACCAGGAGAAAGAUGAAGGAUGCGAGCAAUAUUUGAAAGCCGACUACAGCAUUAACUGUAAAGGGGAGAGAUACAACCGAUUAGUCUUCGUGGGAUACUGUUCCACUGUGUAUGUGAUUGUUCUGCCUGUUGCUGCUUUUAUAGCAAUUUGGAAACAGCAAAGAGCAGAAAGGAAAGCUAAGGAGGAAGCAACAAACGACACAAAUGUUCUUGAAGACCAAAGCACGGUGCAAACGGCAUUACGGUUCUUACACGAGAACUACCACUCUCGUUGUUGGUAUUGGGAAGCGGUGGAGACAGCUCGAAAGGUCAUUUUGACCUCUGGAUUGAUCCUUCUUGGUGGCGAGAGCAGAGCGUACAUUGGAUUGGCUUUGGUUUCGUCUGGACUGUUUAGUAUGUAUUUCGGGCUAAAAAAUCCAAUGAGUGAUCCAUUCGAAAACAAGCUUAUGUUGUCUUCACUUGCCGUUACCUUCGUAAACCUUGCAAUCGGAGCCGUCAGCUCAAUCCCAGAUGAAAGUUUUCCGUCAUCAGUCGACCCAAUCAUGGAUACCCUUCUGUUCAAUGGCUUGAUUUAUGUUGCCAACUCCUUGGUAAUUGGACUCCUUCUUGGUAAGUCAAUAGCAAAAAUUGUUUGUCUGUCACAGUACUGCUCAUUCCUCAACUAA